AUGAUGAAAGGAGGACGCAUCAAACAAGAUUCAAUAGAAAAGCCUGAAGGAGCAAGUAAGUUUUGUGAGUUCCACGCAGAAGAAGGCCACGACAUCCAAAAAUGUACCAAAUUCAGAACCAUGGUGCAAAACUUGAUGGAUAACAAAGAGUUGGAGUUUUAUGAAGAGAUUAAUGGACUAGAAGAAGGAGAAGUUUAUGCUGCAGAAGAAGGAUCCACGGGGAAAGCCCAAAAGGCUAAUCACCUAGUGGUAAUUAUUUCAAAACCAAUGAGUAGAGAAUCUAGAAUUCAAAAAGCGCCAAAGGUCAUAAUCCAAAAACCUGUAUCCUUUCCUUACGAGGAUAGCAAAAAGGUUCCUUGGAAUUACGACUGCAAUGUGACAAUUCCAGGGAAAAAGAGCUUGGUAAACGCUUCAGGAGAAGAUGAAGGAUUCUAUACACGAAGUGGAAAACGCUAUGAUCCGGCAAACACAAGAGUGGAAUCCGAAAAAGGAAAAGCCUUAGCGGUUGAGUUGGGAAAAGUAAAAACAGACAAAAUUGAACCGCGUGUCAAUCAGCCGGUGACUGAAAAUGAGGCUAGAGAAUUUCUAAAAUUCUUGAAACAUAGCGAGUACAGCGUGGUAGAACAAUUGCAUAAACAACCGGCUCGUAUCUCGGUGCUUGAGUUGCUUAUAAGUUCGGAGAUACAUCGUAAUGCGUUGAUUAAGGUGCUAAAUGAAACUUAUGUCGCUCACGAUAUCUCAGUGAAUAAGUUGGACCGCUUGGUUAACAAUAUCAGUGCCGACAAUUUUAUUUUCUUUAAUGAUGAUGAAAUACCGCUGGAGGGAAGAGGAGCCACCAAAGCAUUACAUAUCACUGCUCGUUGCGGGGAGUAUGCGUUAGCAGGAGUGCUAAUUGAUAAUGGGUCAGCCUUGAAUGUUUUACCCCUAUCCACCUUGAAAAGGUUACCGAUGGAUAGCUCUUACAUGAAAUCAUGUCAGAAUAUAGUGAGAGCAUUCGAUGGUACUGAAAGGAAGGUGAUGGGAAGAAUAGAAAUACCCCUCUUGAUUGGCCCUAAUAUAUACGAGGUGGAUUUUUUAGUGAUGGAUAUCAAGCCUUCGUAUAACUGCUUGUUGGGAAGACCCUGGAUUCAUUCAGCAGGAGCGGUGCCUUCAUCAUUAUACCAGAAGUUGAAAUUGGUAACAGAAGGCCGGUUAAUUAUGAUUGACGCUGAGGAAGACAUCAUUGCAUCUGUAACCAGUGACGCGCCAUAUUUGGGAACAGAUGAUGAGGCGGUUGAAUGUUCCUUUCGAUCCUUAGAGUUCAUAAAUGCGACCUAUGUCAUUGAGGGAAAGAAGAUCCCGAUGCCCAGCAUAUCUAGAGCCACGAGGAUGGGACUACAAAUGACAGUUGGGAAAGGAGCUAUGCUUGGAAGAGGACUGGGAAGAUGCCUUCAAGGAAGGAUAGAGGCACCAGUGCUGAAGGACAAGCAAGACCGUUUUGGUUUAGGAUUUAAACCAAAUGCUAAGCAAAGAAGAAAAGAGUUGGAGAAAAGACAAGAGAGGAGGAAGGCGCGUGUAAACGGAAAAGAAGUUGAUUAG